CCACCUCGCCGCUGGCUCCAAGAACUCCCCUCCGCGGGGGGUGGUUCUGAGUUCACCGGCAACGAGGGGAAGAUGAUCUUGUUCUCAGGGAAUGACUAUCUUGGGUUGAGCACUCAUCCCUCCGUUGCGACGGCGGCGGCCAAGGCUGCUUUAGAACACGGGAUGGGGCCGAGAGGGUCCGCUUUGAUUUGUGGGUAUACUAAUUACCAUAGGUUGUUGGAGGACGCACUGGCGGAAUUGAAGAAGAAAGAGGAUUGCCUUCUUUGCCCUACUGGUUUUUCUGCUAACAUGGCUUUCAUGUCAGCUCUGGGAAGUGCCAGCUCCCUUUUGGUUGUUGGUAGAAAACCAUCAAAAGAUGAGAGAAUUGCUAUUUUCUCAGACGCCUUGAACCAUGCAUCUAUAAUUGAUGGGAUUCGCCUCGCUGAACGGCAGCAAGAAGUUGAAAUUUUUGUAUAUAAGCACUGUGAUAUGGUUCAUCUCAAUUCUCUCCUAUCACGUUGCAAACUAGAGAAGAAAGUUGUCAUCACUGAUAGUCUGUUUAGUAUGGAUGGAGAUUUUGCUCCAAUGCCCAAACUUGUUGAGCUUCGGAGAGAGCAUGGAUUUUUAUUGGUAAUUGAUGAUGCUCAUGCAACCCUUAUAUGUGGUGAGAAUGGUGGUGGAGUCCCGGAACUUUAUCAGUGUGAAAAUGAUGUUGAUAUAUGCAUAGGCACUCUAAGCAAGGCGGUUGGUUGCCAUGGUGGUUUCAUCGCUUGCAGCACUAAAUGGAGACAACUCAUACAGUCUAGAGGACGGUCUUUUAUAUUUUCAACUUCGAUUCCAGUGCCCAUUGCUGCUGCAGCCCAUGCUUCCCUCGUCAUCGCAAGAAAAGAGAAGUGGCGAAGAAGAGAAAUUUGGCGUCGGGUGCAUGACUUCAAUUCUUUAACUAACCUUCAUAUUACUAGUCCUAUAAUUUCUAUAGUUGUUGGCAGUGAAGAGUCAGCACUGACUGCAAGCAGGUACAUGUUAAAAUCUGGUUUCCACGUAACAGCAAUUAGACCUCCGACAGUCCCUCCAAAUUCUUGCAGGUUGAGGAUAACUCUGAGUGCUGCACAUACCUCUGAUGAUAUUAGAAGGCUUGUCAAUGCAUUAUCUCAAUGCAUCGAGCUCCCUCAUAUCGAAGAAGAGAGUUGUCAGAUAGUUUCUAAGCUUUAGAAUAAUGAAUCGUCGUCUUUGAUAUGAAAUUUAAAAUUAUUUAGUUUUAUUGAGAUAUUGUCAGUCAUAUUAACUGGUUUGCCAGUUAUAGGUUUAUCUAGUAAAUGAAAUAAUGUUUUGGAUUUAAAUAUAAGCUGCGAUAUAUUUCCACCGAGAUCUGAGUGAAGACAAAAACAGUGUAGAGGGCCCUCUAUAGAAAAUCACACAGGGAAGAGAAACUGCACUUGUUUCAACAACAAUUUUGAAAUUAUUGAUUGCACUGAUUCGGAUUCAUGUACUAUGUUUAUUGAUUUUAUAUAUUAUAUGUUUAUU